CGCCUGGCCGGACGAGAGGAAAGUCUCUGCUCCGCUGAGGGGGGAAAAGAAGGAGCUGGAGACAGAUUGUGGGAUCGAGCGCGGGCGGGCGGGAGGCGACGGAGCUACCAGCGGCUCCGCUCUGCUAUAUGAAAUAUGGGAGACGACAGACCGUUUGUGUGCAAUGCCCCGGGCUGUGGACAGAGAUUUACAAACGAGGACCACCUGGCAGUUCAUAAACACAAGCAUGAGAUGACAUUGAAAUUUGGCCCAGCCCGAACCGACUCAGUCAUCAUUGCAGAUCAGACUCCUACUCCGACUAGAUUCCUGAAGAACUGUGAGGAGGUGGGGCUCUUCAACGAACUAGCAAGCUCCUUUGAGCAUGAAUUCAAGAAAGCUUCAGAUGAGGAGGACAAAAAGGCAGUUACGGGGCCCCUUGACAUGUCUCUGCCUUCCACACCAGACGUCAAAAUCAAAGAAGAAGAACCAGUGGAGGUGGACUCGACCCCGCCUGACAGCCCUGCCUCCAGCCCCUGCUCCCCAUCGCUCAAAGAGAAGGAGGUUGCCCCGAAGCCUGUAGUGAUCUCUACCCCCACACCUACUAUUGUCCGGCCUGGCUCCCUGCCUCUCCACCUGGGCUACGACCCACUUCACCCAACCCUUCCCUCCCCAACUUCUGUCAUCACACAGGCUCCACCGUCCAACAGGCAGCUGGGGUCUCCCACCGGCUCCCUCCCUCUCGUCAUGCAUCUCGCUAAUGGACAGACCAUGCCCGUGCUGCCAGGGCCUCCGGUACAGAUGCCUUCUGUUAUAUCGCUGGCCAGACCUGUGUCUAUGGUGCCCAAUAUUCCUGGUAUCCCUGGCCCUCCAGUUAACAGCGGUGGCUCCAUUUCUCCCUCUGGCCACCCUAUGCCAUCAGAAGCCAAGAUGAGGCUCAAAGCUACCCUCACCCACCAAGUCUCCUCAAUCAAUGGUGGCUGUGGGAUGGUGGUGGGUACUGCCAGCACCAUGGUGACGGCCCGUCCGGAGCAGAGCCAGAUCCUCAUCCAACAUCCUGAUGCCCCGUCCCCUGCCCAGCCACAGGUCUCUCCAGCCCAGCCCACCCCCAGCACUGGAGGGCGAAGGCGGCGCACGGUGGACGAAGAUCCCGACGAGAGGCGGCAGCGCUUUCUGGAGCGUAACCGGGCGGCGGCGUCCCGCUGUCGUCAGAAGCGGAAGCUGUGGGUGUCUUCCCUCGAGAAGAAGGCUGAGGAACUCACCUCCCAAAACAUCCAGCUCAGUAAUGAAGUUACAUUGCUACGCAAUGAAGUGGCUCAGUUGAAACAGCUGUUGUUAGCUCAUAAGGACUGCCCGGUCACUGCACUACAGAAGAAGACUCAGGGCUACUUAGAAAGCCCGAAGGAAAGCUCAGAGCCGACGGGGUCGCCAGCGCCCGUGAUUCAGCACAGCUCGGCCACCGCGCCCAGUAACGGCCUCAGCGUCCGCUCCGCAGCUGAGGCUGUGGCCACGUCGGUCCUCACGCAGAUGGCCAGCCAAAGGACAGAACUGAGCAUGCCCAUACAGUCGCAUGUGAUCAUGACCCCACAGUCCCAGUCUGCGGGCAGAUGAUGUCUCCCCUGCAGGAGAGGUCCCCAGCCAGAGCUCGCCCGCCCAGAGUCAAGCGAGACGCCAUCUUCCCCCUCCCCUCUGCCUUGGACUCGGCAGGACGAGGGAAGUUUGUGUGUUGUGAGUAAUGGACAGAGGCGGGGCUUUUCUCUGUAGCCUCAGGUCAUGUAUGUUGACACCUGUACUAGGAGCCUCCCAGCCCCAGAGCCACAUAGAUCAUCCCCCAAAGUGGGGGUUUCUUACGUCCCCCCCAUAGCCAAAGGCCUUUCCAGAUGGUUCGAACAAUCACCCCGGCCCCAUCCAUGCACGUGGAUCUGUCUCUUUAACACUAACCCGCGCCCUUCAUGGUUUUGGGUUUCUCGGUUCCGUCCUCCUCUGGCUGUUACCUUCUCGUCCGUUACCAGCAUGCUACUUCCGGCUAGUAGAGGAGGCUCGAGUUGAUGGCAUCAUCACCCGCCGACCCACCCCCACCCGCCCACAGACUCAGGACGCUGUCUCCCAGUACCUGCUUCUUCAUCCCCUUUCCCUUUCUAAAUACGAGUUAAAGCGUUCACUUAUGCAGAGUGUAAGGUUACCUUUACAUACGAAGUAGCAGUAUUUUCAGCUCUUCUAUCAACUUUAUUCCUUCUCCCUACCUGCUGCCAACCCCCACCUCCUCCCCUAAAAGUCCACACACACAGGGCUGGAGCGAUAGUGCAGCGGGAGGGGCACUUGCCGAGCACUCGGCCCACCCAGGUUGGAUCCCCGAGUACCACUAGGAGUGCAGAGCCCAGAGCAAGCCCUGAGCACGGCCAGGGCUGCCCAAACCAGCCCCCCACGACCCUCCCACACCACCACUACCAAAAAGAAAAUAAAUACGCACGCCAAAAAAAAACAAAAAGUACCUCCAAAAGGGUGAAAAGAAAGAGGAAGCCCAGGGAUUCUAGGGCUCUUUUUCAUGUACUUCCAGAGCUAUGGUAGCUCGUUUUGUCCCUGGAGUUUUCCCAGUGCCUUGGGGGGCCUCUCACCUCCCACCUGGCUAACCUUGACUUGUGGCCUUAGUAAAUACUGCUUGGUGGUGAAAGGGGAAGGAGGCCGCCCGACUGGCCAGCUCUAGCCCCUCCUCAGCAGGCAGGUAGGAACAAUGUAUCUGAAAACUCAAAUCAGGUUACUGGAUUGACUUUUUUUUUUUUUUAAUGUUUUAUGAGUUUACUGGCCGAAGCAUCCUGUUCCUUCUGGCCAUCUUCCCGCUCUCGCCUCUCCCCUUCAUGUCUCUGCUCCGAUUGGUUCAUGCGAGAGCUGGCCCAGAGGCUGAGAUGCAGGCUUUGCACAUCAGAGCGCCAGAUUCCCUCCCUGGAAGUGCUGGGCGUGACCUGAGCACUGUGCAGAGAAUCACUCCCAAGGACCUCCAGGUGUGCCCGUCCCACUCCCCCAAAAGACAAAACAGAAAAUAAAAAUAGAUUCAAUCCUCUUGGAAGCUCUCCUCUGGCGACUGCGCCCUCCUUCGCUCUCCCCCAUCUCAGCUUCAUAGUUCUGUCUUUUUUCUGAAUCUAUUAAGGGUCUUGCAUUCUCAAGUGUCCCUCAUCCUCUGAAUCUGCUUUUACUUUUCUUCCCCCCUUUCUUUCUUAUAUUUUGUUCGUUUGGUUGGUUUUUAUCUUGUUUGGGGGUGCUACAGCUACUGCCAGCUCACUGCCCAGGGGUUGCUCCCAGUAGUGUGAUGAUUCGAACCCAGGCCCUCACACAUGCAGGGCGAGUGCUCUACCACUGAGCCGCGCCUCUGCCCCCUCGACCUCCUUCUGGCUCCCAGCAGGGCCGCAGAGGCCUCUCUGGCUGCAGUGUCCUUGGCUGUCUCUGCCCUGCAGUGCUUCACCAUGGUCCAGCAGGAGACCUCUUUGGCGCCUAGGCCGGGCCCUGGGUGGGCUUCUUGAAUUGAAUCAGGGCCAGGGGCGGGAGAGGGACAACUUUGAUUUCUAGCCAAGAGCCCUUCUUGCUGAGUUCUGUCCUGCCUGGGAAACCGGUGGCUUCGCGUCAGCCCUUCUUUCUGCGGAGAGUUGGUUGCAGUGGAAGAGCUCAUCUCUCAUUCCCUCUUUCUGCCCCUCUACGACUUCUCUGCUUUCGGCUCUGCACUGUGCAUUUCCGUCAGGGCCAUCAGAAGCAACCCAGAGCCAGAGCCUGUGCGUAGCUAGGUCAGCUGGAAUCGUCUUCAGAUGAAACCCUUCCCGUUGCCCCAGAACCACCUUCUGCCCACGCCAAAAACGCCCCCUUACACAUACAAAGUAACUGCCACCUUCAUUUCUUCUUUCUUCUUCUCGACUGACUGUCCUAGGGAAAUGGAAAUUGUUCUGGGCUGUAACCACCCCCCUCUUCCAAGGGAUCCUGGGAACCAGUCCGAUAGCAUGUUCUACUGGAUUGGGUUUUCCUUUCCUCUCCUGCUUUCAGAGCCAGUGCGGAACAAGCCCAGCCUGGUGGGGAAAAAGCAGUUUCCCCAUCUCGAGGUCAUUCAAGACGAGCAGCCGGCAGAGGGUGUGGUAGGAAUAGCCCAGCGGUCGGUCACAUGGCCAGCCUGGGUCCCACCCCCAGCACGCCAGAUGAUCCCCACAGGACUGAUUCGUGAUCGCGUGUCAGGAGGAAGCCCUGAGCAGAGACACGCAUGGCUUAAAAAGAGCCAUUACAGGGGUCGGGCACUUGCCUUGCGCACAGCCACUCAGGGUCCGAUCCCCAGCACCCCACAUGGACCCCGCCCCCCAGCACCACCAGGAGUGUGACUCCUGGACACAGGACCUGGAGUCAGCCCUGAGCACUGCCAGGUGUGACCCCCAAACCAAACCAACAAAAAUUCGCAGCUGGCACAGCAGACGGCAGCUCGCGGGCUCCUUCCGGGGACUUCCUUGUGCUCUGGGUGCUUCUGAUUUUGUCAGAUUUUUCACUUACUCUCUUGGUUUCCCACUGGCGGCCUUGUCCUAGAGCCUUGACUGAGUUCAUGGCUCCUAAGGAGCCUUCAAGAGCCCUUGGCUCUUUUUCUCCCCCCACCCACCAGUCAAGUGAUCUUUCAGGUUAGACGUCCAGUGGCGGCUGCACCGUGGCCUGCCCUGCGCUUGGCCCUGAAGGGAGCGGCCGGGGGCCUGCCGGUGUUGCUGUGUGGGCCGCUCACUUACGGGAAGGGGCCCACCUCACAUCGGAGCCCCCGUGUAGAAUUCUCCUUUGGCGUUUUCACCCUGGAGGGGGGGCCCAGCCAGAGCCUGAGCCGUCGGCUGGAGUGACCCGAGAAAAGGCCGAGACUAGGCAGGCUGUCCAGCCAGCUCUCUCGCUGGCCUUCAGUGUCCCUAAAACGACCGCGUUUACUCACCCCAAGCUCUCGCCCGUCUCAGAGAGUGACCCUUUCCUCUGCUGCUGCCAGCAGGUGCCUGCUCCCCCGCUCCGGCUUCCAGGCCCCCCCGGGUCAGAUCAAACAGAGACAGUCACUUGGCCCUUCCUCAGGCCAGUCCGGGCUGAGGGGAGACAUUGUAAAUGGAGCAGGAAGUCUACACGCCCUGAAACUCUUCCAAGUGAACGCAGGGCUCAGGCGUCACCCCAAAUUCUCAGCUGCCAGACGCACAAGCCGGAGCCAUAAGACAGUGCGCUGCUGGCCCGGGUUCGAGAUCCCAGGGUUCCCCCAAGCACCGCCAGCAGUGACCCCCGAGGACAGAGCAAGUCCGCAGCAUGGCCAGGUGUGACACAGCAAGGACCCUGGUCGAGAGUUGGGAAGUUGGAAACAGCCUUCCCGUGUCUUCUAGAAAGGCCCGGGAGCGCAGGGCUUCCUGUGCGACUCCCUGCCGCUGGGUCCCUGCCGCCCGCACGCCCCCCCACACACUCUCGGCGGGGGGAAAGGAGGCACGGGCCCGCCACCACCUCAGCCUGCUGCCUCCCCUUCGCCUGGGCUCGUUUUCUGUUCUGUGCCUGAGCCGUUCCUCCAGCACCAGCCACCCUGGUGGACGGGCGCGCAACCAGACCCGGCCCUUUCUCCGUAGCAUGCCCCACCCAGCAGGCGGCCCAGACUCCCCCCAGUGCCUGAGGCUCGCACACUCCCUUCUGGAGGCUCCCUUAACGGUGCUCGCCCCGACAAAGCUCUCUCCCCCCCGAGUUCCCUCCUUCUUUCAAAACAUCCUUCCUAUCCCCGAAUCGUUAUUUCCCAUUAAUAUUGUACAUUGCAUACGCAGGAAGGAAAUGUAUUUUUAUAAUUUCAUAACCCGUGCAAUUUCAUAACCAGCAUAGAACCCCGUCUUCCUACCUGUGUCACAUACGCCUUUAUCGAUAUGCUCGUUCUGCUUUCUUCAGACUUUUGUUUGACCGGGGCGGGGGGAGGAACGAGAGACCUGAGGACCCUAAGGCAGAUGAGAGGGACUGCCCCGCACACACAGUCCUGUCUCACUCUCCCGCACACCUCCUCCUGCCCCCAGUGUCCACCUGAUCUGUCAGUACACAGGACUAUGCCCACUGACAGAAUUGCCCGCCCCGCCCCGGCCCCCAAGGCGGUGACCGACGGGAAUGAGCUGAUGUGGACUCGGGCCAGCAUCCCACCCUUUGCACUAGUUCAUGCCUCUUUCUCUGUAAAUGCAAAUCCAGAGCAAGAAGGGCAGGCAUGCAUUCACGCUGCUAAGGCUUCUUUCUUUUUCCAGUGGGGCCUCUAGCACAGAGCUGUCUGAGGUGUCGGCUCUGAGAAAUGGCUCUGGGGGUCGUGGAUCUAAGCACUGUCCACCACUGGCACCGUCGUCUGGGAACUUGUUAGAAAAGUGUAUCUGAGCCCCGCUCCAGACCUACCGAGUGAGACGUUCUGGAGGUGGGCCUGACAAGCACUCCGCAUUUGAGGCCUUAGGGGCGUCCCGGGAAGUUGUAGGGCGCCUUUGAUAUUUUUUAAUACCACCCUCUGCCUUAGCACUAACACUGUUUCUUAUUUCCUCGAGUCCCUCCCUUCAAUACUGUUAGAACAACCACCACAGCAUUCAUCUCGCCGUCUAGGUCUGCCUUCUGCUCAUUUCUAAACUCCAUCCCGGAUGGGGUUGUCCCACAUCUGCCUCCAGAAUGGUCAGUCAAUGGUCUGUGUUACAGGAAGACCAGCUAGAGCUUUAACUGACCACACACCCACACACACACACACACACACACACACACACACACACACACACAGAGUCAUCAGAGCUCUCUCUCACUCUCGUUCUCUCUCUCUUGCUCUCUCUCUCUAUCUCCACCCCCACCCCCACCCCCGAUCAGGCAGGGAGGACAUGACAUGAGCCUCUGGCCUCAGUGGAGGCUGCAGCCUCCUGACAGCCUCUGUUAAAAACAAGGCCGUGUGUACUUCCGGUUGUAUCUUCGUUCUUCUGUAUACUUUGACAUGUAGCAGCACCUCUCAUUCGCAUCAAGGAACUCGAUUCUGGGUCUGGGCCUCCCCUGGUCCACAGUGGGGGGGCCCUGCUCAGUGCGGGGAGGCAGUGCUGCAGGCUGUUUGGUUACAAAACCUUCUCCCUCCCCUCCACAGUCAGCGCGACCCCUGUGAGCAGGAUCUCACAGGUCAGGGCUGAGGCAGAAGCUUCGCUCUCUUCUCCCCGACGCCCCUCUCCCUGUCCCGUGCCACUUAGCAGUUACUCCCCAGCCAUGCCUUCUCCCUCUCUCCCCCGCCCUGACAUAUAUUGUGCCUUAUUUAUGCUGCAAAUAUAACAUUAAACGAUCAAGAGAACCACUGUCAUGUCUGAUGCUUGAUGAAGUCCUCUGAUGCGCAGGUCUCACUGUCCGAUCUUUCUGGGUGCUCACCGGGCCGUGGAGUCCGAUCUUCCUCGCCGCACUCCCCAGGAGAGGAGGAGAGGGAUUCUGAUCCCUCCUUUCUAUGCAGGGAAGGAAGCAGGUGGUUUAUGUAUGUCACAGAACAUAGCGGAGGCCAGGAACGCGGGCUCUGAGCUGUGUGGCUCUGAGGGCGAGAGCUCCUGGUGUCACAGGAGCACUUGCCAGAGAGUAGCACAGCAGAGAGCAUUCACCUUGCAUGCGGUCAACCCGGGUUCGGUUCCUCUGUCCCUCUCGGAGAGCCCAGUAAGCUACCGAGAGUAUCCUGCCCGCACGGCAGAGCCUGGCAACUCCCCGUGGCAUAUUCGAUAUGCCAAAAACAGUAACAAGUCUCACAAUGGAGACGUUACUGGUGCCCGCUCGAGCAAAUCGAUGAGCAACGGGACAACAGUGAUACUGUGAUCUAUUUUACCCUGGGCAGGCCUGGAGGAUGCCCGGCAACACUGAGACCGUGCAGUGCCGGGGGAUUGCCUAGGGCUCUGGCCCUGGGUGUGUGGGCCUUACCUGACCAGUGAGAUCUUUGUUCUGGGAAACAGCUCUGAGGGCCUUUUCCAUUGGCCUUAAGGUAGUGGAUCUAAGGAAUUGGCCUCCCAGCGUCCUGUCCCCAUCCCCUUCCAAGCCGUUCAGAGCAAAACAGCCAGCCCACAAGAAGUUCCUGCAUGCCUGGGGAAAGCCCACAGACACACAAGGAGAAUGCAGAGCUUCCAUUUCUGUGUGCUGUGCGCAUGGGGAAGAGGUGGGUUUGGAAAUAAGGGCUGGGGGCCGGAGCAAUAGCAGAGCGGGUAGAAUGUUUGCCUUGCACGCAGUUGACCUGGGUUCGAUCCCCAGGAUCCCAUAUGUUCCCUCAAACACCGCCGGGAGUAAUUCCUGAGUGCAGAACCAGGAGUAACCCCUGAGCAUUGCCAGGUGUGACCCAAAAAAGUGAAAGAAAAGAAAAAAAAAAGGAAAUAAAGGGUAUAAUUUGUUUAGAAACAAGUAAGAGAUGGUUCAUAAGAAAAACAAGGGGCUGGAGCAAUCGUACAGCAGGGAGGGCGUCUGUCUUGCAUGUGGCUCACCCAGGUUCUGUC